AUGGAUCGGGAGAAAGGAAAAAAUGCAGUAAUAAAUUUGAAUGAAGAGGACGAGAAUUGUGAGCCAUUUAGCUCAAGUGAAGAAGAAUUCAUUUCCUCGGAAAAAAUAGAAAAAAAUUAUCCUGUUGAUGAUAUGGAUGAAGAAGUGAUGAAUAUGGUAUUUGACAGUGAGGAAGAUGCAUAUGAGUUCUACAAUUUGUAUGGCAAGCUCACUGGUUUUGGCAUUAAGAGGCAGAUGUUAAAAUUAGUCAAGAUGGAACUGUACGAUGCCGAUUAUGCUCAAGUACGAACAAUGAAAAUGGCAGGGGUGAAAACAAGUCAGGUUAUGAAAUUUUUUGCAAUGCAGUGUGGUGGAUAUGGUAAUGUUGGAUUUGGGCUAAAAGACCUAUAUAACCGUGUCGAUGAAGAAAGGAGAGUCUUGAUUGAGGCUGGGGAUGCAAAAAAUGCAAUUGCAUAUUUCAAUGGGAGGAAGGCCAGUGACAAAUCAUUCAUCUUUGAAUAUGAUGUGGACGAAGAAUCAAGGUUGAAGACCCUUUUUUGGGCAGAUUAUGAGUCCCAAUUGGAUUAUAAAUGUUUUGGUGAUGUUCUAAUAUUUGAUUCGACUUAUAAUGUCAACGAGUAUCAUAAGCCACUCGUUGUAUUUUCUGGAGUGAACAAUUAUUAUAAUACUGUUGUAUUCGGUAUAGCCUUGGUAUCGGGCGAGAGUGUUGAAGAAUAUGAGUGGCUCCUUCACACAUUAACCAAAGCUAUGGGAGGACGAAAGCUAAAGGCCGUGAUAACAGAUGGGGACAAAGCAAUGAGGAGGGCAAUAAAUAAUGUGCUCCCAGAUGCUCGAAAUAGAUUAUGCUUUUGGCAUUUGAUGAAAAAUGCAAACGCUAAAGCCAAAUCAAAUGUAUUCAAGUCAAUGUUCGGUAGGAUGAUGAAAAAGGCGUACCCCAUUGGUGACUUGGAGGAAGAGUGGUUUGCUGUUGUGGGUAAAUGUGGACUCCGCCAAAAUAAAUGGGUGGAAAAGAUUUUCGAAAUGAGGUUGCUAUGGGCUGAAUCGUUGCUUCAUGAUACUUUUUUUGCUGGAAUGCGAAGCACUCAAAGGUGCAAACAAAUGAAUGCUUUUCUUAAACGGUAUUUGAAGAAGAACAUGCGAUUUUAUGAGUCAGUCAUAAUCCAUGAGUUGGCUCUUACUCACUUGAGGCAUACUGGGGCCAAGGCAGUUCAUGAGACAGAAGAUACAACAGUGGUUUUGGCAACUGAAUUACAAAAGUUGGAGAAGCAUGCAUCCGAAGUGUAUACUCAAAAUGUUUUCUUUCGGGUAAAGAAGCACCUUAACAGACAAGGCCUAUAUGAUUGUUAUGAACGGAAAGAAACUUGGAAUGGCUGCAUAUUUUUUCUCAAAAAGUAUGCCGAUGACAGAACAUGGACCGUAGAGUUCAAUCGAAGGACCCUAUCAUUAAAGUGCUCGUGCAAGAAAAUGGAAUGGAAAGGGUUACCAUGCGCACACAUGUUCCGUGUAAUGCUGAUGGAAAACAUGCAAUCAAUACCAAAAUCCUGCAUUUUAAAAAGAUGGACAUGCGAGGCCAGAGAGGAGGCGGAUAAUGAAGUUCUUGAAGAGAGGCAGGAGAUAUAUGCUGAGUUGGUUCAAACUGCAAGAUUUGGAACGUUGACAUCAAUUUGCAAGGAAAUGUGUUUCUUUGCAUCCCAUAUGGAUGAUGGAUUUGCUCGUGACCCCAAGAGGACAAGAGCUAAAGGUGACCGGGUUCAUACCAAUAAAAACAAAGCUGCUAAGUGUGGAAACUGUGGGUUGUGCGAUGGCCACAACAAAAGGACAUGUCCUCGUAACUUGCUUAGUUAUGAUGCAUGUGGUAUUUCUGGAAGCCAAGCAAUUCAUUAUAGCAACCCAAGAUCAAGGACUAUGGGUGACUCAAGAUUCCAGUUCGGUGCAUCUUCAUCUGGUGAUUUUCAAGGAGUUCAACAUCCACUCCUAAGUCCCUCAGGAAUGUUAAAUAGAGUUGACAGAGAUGGAAGCAGUAGUCAAAAAUUGAUCAUAGUCAAUCUCACAUGA